CCCUUAGCUCUCUGCUAAAAUAAACCCAGUGAGGUAAGCGCCGGAGGCAUCCUGAGAUGGGUUUUAUACAGACCGCUCCUUCAAGGCUGAGGAGUGUCCGAGCUGAACGGGGAAGCAUCCCAGAGCCGCAGCGGGACAAGGCACAGAACCAAAGGCAAACGGGAAAGAAACACAGGGGGAAGAGAAGUUGAAGAUGCAUUCAGGAAUGGAUGAAACGACCAGGCAGAGGAUGUUGCAAGCCAAAGCUCUGUCUCAGGAGGCCCGAGGAGGUCUGAACCUGGGCAAGAAGAUCAGCGUUCCAAGAGACGUGAUGAUGGAAGAGCUCAACCUUCUGUCCAAUCGAGGCUCUCGCAUGUUUCAGGAGAGACAGAGGAGAGCGGAGAAGUUCACGCUAGAGAACGUAACAAACGGACCGUACAACAGCAAUGUUCAUCUUGAGCUCAGUCCCCCGCAGCAGACAGCCCCCGUGCCGCAGGGAGGAAAAGAGAACCAGGCUUUCUCCAUCCCCGGUAAGCACAGCCUGGUCAUGAACCUUCAGAAGACUGUAGCAAAGAAGGGCAGUCCCGAUGUCCUGGCUCCAGGCUACUCUGGACCCCUAAAGGAAAUUCCCCAUGAGAAGUUCAACACAACAGUAAUCCCCAAAUCCUACUGCUCCCCGUGGAGCGAAGCUUUGGGAGGCAACGAAGAGCUUCUGAACCCCCUCAGCGCCCAGCUGCCACAACCCCCACAAAGACUACAGCCUGCCAACUACAGGUGCUUCAACAGGACUCCGAUGCCAUUUGGCGGCUCGAUGGCCAGCAAGAGAGUCAUCCCGGUUAUUGGCUUUGAGGCCGUGGAGUCCCAGAGCCUCCCCGGCGUCGCUCUGGACCGCAUGUGCCGACGGCCCAACUUCAACAGAGCACCGAGAGGAUGGGGACUCGACUACAGUCCUGAAUCUAAUGAGCUAUGAGAGAGACUUUAUGAGAUGAAGCCCGAGGCUCUCUCCUUACAAAGAUGACCCCCUCUGUAAAACUAACACUCUAAUGUUGUGAGCA